AUGGCAACCACCACUGGCUCAAGCUCGUCGUGGACCUCCAUGGAGCGGUCUGGGGAGCGGUCCCCAUACUCUUCUCUAAUUCCUUAUCACCAUCCCCCUACUCGUACACACCAGCUAUCAACUGCUACUAUGGUCAGAAGACUCCCAAGUGGAUCUCAUGGAGUAAUGGGAAUCCAGGAAGGAGGUAUCAUUCAUGCUACAAAUAUCAGUUUUUGGGUGUGGUUGGAUCCCAAGCCAACAGAUCAUCAGAUUGAAAUCCUUGUUGAUUUGCGAGAUGCAAUUAAGGCCUUGCGUAAUAAGAAUGAAACUCUAGAGCUAGAGAAGAAUGAACUCAGUUUUUUGGUGGAUGAAGCACAUGUGAAGAAUGCCGAACUAGUGAAGGAGAAGGAGGAGCCCAGGGCACUUGUGAAGGAGCUUGAGGCCAAGGAGCUAUAG